AUGUCCACCAAAGCGGAGCAGUUUGCAUCUAAGGUCCGUUAUUUACAAGAGUACCACAAUCGUGUUCUUCAUAACAUUUAUCCUGUGCCAUCUGGAACUGAUAUAGCAAAUACAUUGAAGUACUUUUCACAGACGUUGUUAAGCAUUUUGUCCCGCAUAGGGAGGAAGGACAACCAGGAUGGCUCCAAUUUGACAGUGCCCAUGACUAUGUGUCUUUUUCCUGUGCCAUUCCCACUCACCCCAUCCCUAAGACCACAAGUCAGUUCCAUCAACCCUACUGUUACUCGCUCCCUCCUUUACAGCGUCCUCCGUGAUGCUCCCUCUGAGCGUAGUCAGCAAAGUCGUGAUGCACAACUUUCAGAAUACCCAUCUUUGGACUAUCAAGGCCUUUAUGUGACAUUGGUGACUCUUCUUGACCUGGUUCCUUUGCUACAACACGGCCAACACGACUUGGGACAAUCCAUAUUUUAUACGACAACAUGCUUGCUACCAUUCCUCAGUGACGACAUUUUGAGCACUCUACCUUAUACCAUGAUUUCCACUUUAGCAACAUUUCCUCCAUUUCUUCACAAGGAUAUCAUUGAAUAUCUGAGUACAUCUUUUCUCCCAAUGGCAAUAUUGGGAUCAUCUAAGCGAGAAGGUGUUCCACCUUAUGUGAAUUAUUCUGCCUCUUCAAUGCUGAUGAUUGCUAUGCAAUAUACCACAAAUCCAGUGUACCAUUGCCAGCUUUUGGAAAGCCUUAUGAAAUACAAGCAAGAAGUCUGGAAAGAUUUGUUGUAUGUGAUUGCAUAUGGCCCCUCUCAAGUUAAGCCUCCUGCUGUUCAAAUGCUUUUCCACUACUGGCCUAAUUUAAAGCCACCGGGUGCUAUCUGUGAAUACAGGGGGCUGCAGUACACAGCAUGGAAUCCAAUUCACUGUCAGCAUGUCGAAUGUCAGAAUGCAAUCAACAAACCUGCUGUGAAGAUGUGCAUAGAUCCAUCCAUUUCUGUGGCAUUAGGUGAAAAGCCACCUCCAUUAUACCUGUGUGAAGAAUGCAGUCAGAAGAUUGCAGGAAUCCAAUCUGAAUGGUUAAUUGAUGUUCUGCUACCACAAGCUGAAAUUUCGGCUAUUUGUCAGAAGAAGAAUUGUAGCUCGCAUGUUAGGAGAGCCAUUGUUACCUGCUUCUCAGCAGGAUGCUGUGGUCGUCAUGGAAACAGGCCAGUGCGUUAUUGCAAAAGGUGUCAUUACAAUCACCACAGCAGUGAGAUUGGUGCUGCUGCAGAGACUCACCUGUACCAGACUUCUCCCCCUCCAAUGAACACUAGAGAAUGUGGUGCAGAAGAGCUGGUCUGUACUGUGGAAUCAGUAGUCAGUUUGCUAAAAGAAGCUGAAUAUCAUGCCGAGCAGCGGGAGUUUGAAUUAAAUCGAAGAAGACAAAUGGGAUUGUCCUUAUCCCAACCUUCUUUAGACAAUAUGGAGUAUGAUAACAAGGAUGAUGAUAAAAAUGAUCAGCGACUAUUGAGUCAGUUUGGAAUAUGGGUUUUGGUCAGCCUUUGCACUCCAAGUGAAAACACACCUACAGAAAGUCUAGCCAGGUUGGUUAGCAUGAUGUUUCAAUGGUUCCAUUCUACUGCAUACAUGCUUGAUGAUGAAGUGGGGAGCCUAGUGGAAAAGCUCAAGCCUCAAUUUGUCACCAAAUGGUUGAAGACUGUUUGUGAUGUUCGAUUUGAUGUCAUGGUCAUGUGUCUUCUCCCCAAACCCAUGGAGUUUGCAAGAGUUGGUGGGUAUUGGGACAAGCGCUGCAGUACUGUGACACAGCUAAAGGAAGGCUUGAAUCGUAUUCUGUGCCUUAUUCCAUAUAAUGUUAUAAAUCAAGCUGUGUGGGAAUGCAUUAUGCCAGAAUGGUUGGAAUCUAUCCGAACUGAGGUGCCGGACAACCAAUUAAAAGAGUUUAAAGAGGUUUUAAGCAAAAUGUUUGAUAUUGAACUUUGUCCAUUGCCGUUUUCCUUGGAAGAGAUGUUUGGUUUUAUUAGCUGUAGAUUUACCGGCUACCCCGCUUCAGUACAGGAACAAGCUUUGCUUUGGCUUCAUGUUUUAUCAGAACUAGAUAUAAUCGUCCCUCUCCAGCUAUUGAUCAGUAUGUUUUCCGACGGAGUUAACUCAGUUAAGGAAUUGGCAAAUCAAAGAAAAGCAAGAGCCAAUGACCAGCCAGGAAACCUAACUCGAAGGGUUAGUGUUGUAUCAGAUCCUGGACGCAGAUGCCAACAUGUUACUCUAAGUCCGUUUCCUAGCCCCUUUCGUAGCCCAUUCCGUAGUCCAUUGCGCAGUCCAUUCCGUGGUUGUUUUAAGAAUUUUGGAUCUGCAGGAGGAAGAGCCAUUGACUUUGAUUCUGAUGAUGAUGAGAUGAACUUAGCUUGCUUUAUUCUGAUGUUUGAUUUGAUAUUGAAACAGAUGGAAUUGCAAGAUGAUGGUAUGGUUAUGGGUCUAGACCAUGGAUUAGCCAAGGACAUAAUUUCCAUCAUAAACAAUGUGUUCCAAGCUCCCUGGGGAGGCUCACAUACUUGCCAGAAAGAUGAAAGUGCGGUUGAAUGCAACCUAUGUCAAUCCAGCAUUUUAUGCUACCAACUCGCAUGUGAGCUGCUGGAGCGAUUGGCACCUAAAGAGGAAAUCAAACUGGUGGAACCAACUGACAGCUUUGAAGAUAGUAUGCUGUUUUCUAGACCUGAAUUCACUAUAGGUUUUGAAGGAGAAGAAGAUGAUAAUUCAAAAGAGGAAGAAAAUCAACUGUUCAAUAACGGAUGUGAAGAAAAGCCUGAGUAUGCAGUCACUAAUAUUUUUAUAUUUAUAGAAAUGAAAAAUAACGCAGAGAGGACCUUUGAUUAUGAACAACUCCCUGCUACAUUGAAGUUGAUACAUACAAUAUUGCAGGAAAUCCCAAAUUGUGAGGAGCCAGACAUUCUUUUCAACAUGCUCAACUGUUUAAAAAUAUUGUGUCUCCAUGGGGAAUGUUUGUAUCUCGCCAGAAAGGAUUAUCCAAACUUUCUUGCUUACAUUCAAGAGAAAAUGUUGAUUUCCAGCCUAUGGAAAGUACUUAAGUCUGAAUUCUCCCAGCUUGCCUCUGUGGCAAUACCCUUGUUCCUGCAUGCACUUUCUCUUUCUCGUGGUGCUGAUAUAUUCUGGGGCAUCAUUGAUAGCAAUUUUAACAGCAAAGACUGGAAGAUGCGUUUUGAAGCUGUGGAGAAAGUUGUGGUUAUGUGCAGAUUUCUGGAUAUCCAAUCUGUGACAAAGAAUCAUGUGCUGAAGUAUUCUCUAGCCCAUGCCUUCUGCUGUUUCCUUGCUGCAGUUGAAGAUGUUAAUCCAGCAGUGGCCACGAGAGCCAGACUUUUGCUUGAUUCCAUCAAAAGACCAGCUUUACAAGGUCUCUGUCUUUGCCUCGAUUUUCAGUUUGACACUGUGGUGAAGGAUAGGCCAACAAUCCUCAGCAAAUUAUUUCUUCUUCAUUUCUUAAAGCAAGACAUUCCAGCUUUAAGCUGGGAGUUUUUUGUCAAUAGGUUUGAUACCUUGUCUCUGGAGGCUCAACUUCAUUUGGAUUGCAAUAAGGAAUUUCCAUUCCCUACAACUAUCACUGCUGUAAGGACAAAUGUUGCUAAUCUAAGUGAUGCUGCCAUGUGGAAGAUCAAACGCGCUCGCUUUGCACGAAACCGACAGAGAAGUGUGCGAUCCCUUAGGGACAGUGUGAAAGGUCCAGGAGAGUCAAAGAGGGCACUUUCUCUUCCAGAAACUCUAAGCACCAAACUGCCUUUGCGACUGACGAGACAUGAGCAAUCAGCUCCAACUCUUGGUGCGAUGAUGGAACAGACCCCUUGUCAGCAGUCUUCAGAGGAUGAUGCAAUCAUCAAGGAUCCUUUACCUGAAGAUGCCGGCAUUGAUCAUCAAACAGUCCAUCAGCUAAUCACAGUUCUAAUGAAAUUCAUGGCGAAGGAUAAAAGCAGUGCUGAAACUGAUAUCAGCAGUGCCAAAGCAUUCAAUACAGUAAAGCGGCAUCUGUAUGUGUUACUUGGCUAUGACCAGCAGGAGGGGUGUUUCAUGAUUGCCCCUCAGAAAAUGAGAACUUCCACUUGCUUCAAUGCUUUUAUUGCCGGAAUAGCACAGGUUAUGGAUUACAACAUUGGUCUGGGCAACCAACUUCUUCCCCUGGUGGUGCAAGUGCUAAAAUAUUGCACCUGUCCACAGCUUCGCCAUUACUUUCAACAACCCCCACGUUGUUCACUUUGGACUCUGAAACCUCAUAUACGACAGAUGUGGCUGAAGGCUUUGCUCGUGAUUCUGUACAAGUAUCCUUAUAGGGAUUCCGAUAUCAGCAAAAUUGUAUUGCAUCUGAUCUAUAUCACGAUCAAUACACUUAAUGCACAAUACCAUAGCUGUAAACCCCAUCCCACUGCUGGACCCCUUUACAGUGAUAAUAGUAACAUUAGCAAAUACAGUGAGAAAGAAAAAGAGGAAGAUAGUGUGUUUGAUGAAUCAGAUGUACAUGAUACACCGGUUGGAGCUUGCAACAAGGAACCACAGACAUUCUUUGCAAGACUGAAGAGGAUAGGGGGAAGUAAAUCAGUAAAAUAUCAACCAGUAGAGAUGAAUGCACAGAAGAGCUCAGAGAUAGAGCUGUCAGAGUACAGAGAUUCCAGCCUUUUGCCAGACAAUAUAAUGCGGUAUGGUACAUCUCCACAAUUGCAAGAAGGAGUUGCUCAAAAGAAAAAAUUAUAUGCAAUUAAGCAGCAGUCACUUGAUAUAGGAAACGCAGAUUCUGUCCUGUAUUCUUUAGAUGAACAUCGCAGAAAGUCAUGUCUGGAUAGGUAUGAAUCAUUACGACAAGCAAGCUUCCCUUCCUGUUAUCCUCACUUGGCAAGCUUGUAUGGAAGACCAGAGCAGGACUUAUCUGUCAGUGCAGAAAUUGGAGAAGAUCAGGAAAAUAUUUCCACUGCAGUAAACUCUCAAGAAGGGAAACGACCAUUAAUACCAGAAGUUAGACUCAGCUGCACGGAAACAUUUGAGGCAAAACUUGAAUCUCCUGAGAAACAUCUUUGCUUUCAUAAAGAAGAAAGUGAUUUGAUUGAUUUAUCUUCUGAUUCGUCAUCUGCUCCUGAGAAGCAAUCAAUUCUAUCAAGUUCUGAUAGCGAUUCUUUGGUCUUUGUGCCUCUUCCCCCUCUCAGAAUUGUAGAGAGUGAUGAGGAAUAUGAAAUGCAGAAUACCCCUAAUAAUAAACCAAAUGGAAAAACUAAUGUGAUCUCUCAGAAUACUCCAUCACAUAGUUUAAAUGUUACACCAGUUGUAAAAGUUAAUGUUGAAGAUUGCUCCAAAGAGUCAAAAUGUCUGGAUUUUGGUAUGACUUCUUUGCUAGAUACUGAGAACAUUUUAUCAAUAGGUCUUGUAGAUGAAAAAGAUUUUGAAAAUCUAACACCACAAAAAAAUUCUAAGUGUUCUGGCUGUGAAAGUCCACUAACUCUUAAACAGAAACGAGAAAACCUCAGGAAAUCAUCUGCUGUGGUUGAAAUAUCACAAGAUGAUACAGAUGAUUUGCAUAGAGAUGAUAUUAAAUCUGAAAGCCCAUUGCCAAGUCCCAUAGUUAAAACAGUAUUUCUCAAGCUGCCUACAGAAAUAGAAGACGGUGAAAAACCAAAUACAGAGGCGUCUACUGAUAAAGAUACUGAUCAAAAAGAUGAUAGUGGUGAAGAAACAGAAUUCAAAAUCCAAAUUGUUCCACGUCAGAAAAAACAAAGGAAGAUAGCUGUUAGUGCUAUUCAGAGGGAAUACCUUGACAUUUCCUUCAACAUUCUUGACAGAAUCGGAGAUCAAAGAGACACUGAUCAGUCUGUUAAAGGUCUUUCAGCUCUGGAUAUGCCAAGAGAAUCUACCUCUGCUCCAACUUUAGAAGCAGCUGUACCAGAGACCAGUUGCCACUCUUCUAUAUCAAUUCAAUCUAGGCAAAUGAAAAGGGGAUCCCUGGGGGCCCUGACACUGAACCACUUAAUGAAGAGGCAACUGGAACAUCAGUCUAGUGCACCUCACAACAUCAGUAGCUGGGACACUGGUUAUAUUCACCCUAGAAAACAACAAUGUUCUGUCAAAACUCUGCUGCGGCCGCACUUGGAGGGGCAGAGCUUUAAAUUGAGGGGUGCAACAAAAUCUAGUUUGCUUUCAGCACAGAGCAUAGUCAGUAUGUUUGUUCCUGCACCAGAAGAAUUUACAGAUGAUCAGCCAACACUAAUGUCUGACAGAUGUCUUGACUGUGGGGCUGUUCUUGAAGAGUAUGAUGAAGAAACGUUGGGGUUGGCUAUUGUUGUACUUUCAACAUUCACUCACUUGAGCCCAGACUUAGCUGCUCCCUUGCUGCUUGAUAUUCUGCAGUCAGUUGGAAGAUUGGCAUCAAGCACUCUUUUCUCUGGUCAAGCAGAAAGCAUGAUGAUUCCUGGCAAUGCUGCUGGUGUGGCAAAGCAAUUUUUACGCUGCAUUUUUCAUCAGCUUGCUCCCAAUGGUAUACUUCCACAGCUCUUCCAAAGCAACAUUAAAGAUGGAAGCUUCCUUCGAACUUUGGCCUCGUCUCUAAUGGACUUCAAUGAGCUGAGUUCAGUGGCGGCAUUGAAUCAACUACUGGAGGGUUUAAACAACAAGAAGAACCUGCCAGCAGGAGGAGCCAUGCUUCGCUGUUUAGAUAACAUAGCCACUUACAUGGAAGCUCUGCCUAUGGAUUUACCCAGCAAUCUGUGGACUACAAUAUGCAAUCAGUUUCAAACAUUUCUGACCAAACUGCCGUGCAUACUGCCAUUGAAGUGCUGCCUGGAUUCUAGUUUGGCAAUCAUGAUAUGUCUUCUCAAGAUACCUACCACAAGUGCAACAAGGAGCCUUUUGGAGCCAUUUUCCAAAUUGUUGAGUUUUGUAAUUCAAAAUGGAGUCUUCAGCCUUGCGUAUCUUGUUGAAUUGUGUGGUUUGUGUCAUCGAGCAUUCAAUAAGGAACGGGAUAAAUUCUACCUCUCACGAAGUGUUGUAUUGGAAUUGUUACAAGCACUGAAGCUAAAGUCGCCAUUACCAGACACCAAUCUAUUGUUGCUGGUGCAGUUUGUUUGUGCAGAUGCUGGAACAAAAAUAGCUGAAUCAACAAUCCUACAGAAACACAUGAUUGCAUCUGUUUCUGGAUACACAACGGCAGCAAUGGAAUGCAUGCGACAGUAUGUAAGUGAACUGCUAGACUUUAUAGCUGAUAUGCACACACUGACCAAAUUGAAGGAUCACAUGAAGACUUGUUCUCAGCCUUUGCAUGAAGAUACUUUUGGCGGGCACCUUAAAGUAGGAUUGGCACAGAUAGCAGCAAUGGAAAUUGCCAGGGGAAAUCAUCGCGAUAAUAAAGCAGUCCUUCGCUACUUGCCUUGGCUGUAUCAUCCUCCGUCAGCCAUGCAACAAGGUCCAAAAGAAUUUAUUGAGUGCGUUUCCCAUGUUCGUCUUUUGUCAUGGCUGCUGCUGGGGUCUCUUACACAUAGUGUUGUGUGUUCAGGAUCCACUUCAUGCAUGCCCAUUCCUUUGGAUGCUGGUUCACAUAUUGCAGAUCAUCUUAUAGUUAUCUUGAUUGGAUUUCCUGAACAAUCCAAGACAUCUGUAUUACAUAUGUGCUCCCUAUUCCAUGCAUUCAUAUUUGCCCAACUUUGGACAGUAUACUGCGAACAAGCAGCUUCUAUUCCGACACUACAGAGCCUGAAUGAGUUUGUUUGCACAGCCACUUUGACAGCCCUCGAAUUCUGGAGUCGGGUGACACCUAGCAUUUUACAGCUGAUGGUUCACAACAAAAUGAUGGUAGAAAUGGUUUGCUUGCAUGUUAUCAAUCUGAUGGAAGCUCUACAGGAAUGCAACUCAACCAUCUUUGUGAAGCUGAUACCAAUGUGGUUACCAAUGAUUCAGUCAAAUUUAAAGCAUCUUUCAGCGGGUCUGCAGUUGCGCCUUCAAUCAAUCCAGAAUAAUGUCAACCAUCAUGUCUUGCAAUCUUUCCAGGGAUCUGGGCAGAUGAGCACAAAUUCAUCAGUACUCCGUAAAUGGCUGCAAUGUACUCAGUUCAAAAUGGCUCAGGUGGAAAUACAGUCAUCAGAAGCUGCAUCUCAAUUUUAUCCUCUUUAAAUUGCCUUUUUAUGUACCCUGACUUGAAGGAGUAGCGUCUCUUGUCAGGCCUGUUAUGCUGAUAAAACAUUAGAUGCAUGUCGGCAAC